AUGGCUUCUGAGGCUGCUCAGAAUUUCCUUCAGCCAUUGUCUUCUUGGAUGUCUCAAAUAUAUGAAGCUAUCCAACAAGCAGGAGACUCUAUAUCUGCUUCACUGCUGAAUUUGAGUGGAGUGGGUCGUAAGUCAGAAGAGAGGAACCAAGACUUGGAGAAUAAUGGAGGAGUUUAUGAGGAUUAUUUUGAGGAAUCAGAUGAUGAACAACACCUGGACCUCUGGGAUGAGGAGUACUUAUAUCCUAGAGAAGAUGGUCACAUCAGGGGUCCUGAUCUUGCUUCACAAGACCUCCCUCAUGGCUCUGACAUGGGUCCACAGAGGCAAAAAUGGAUUAAAAAUACCAGCAGCUUACCAGAGGAGUGUGUUGAAAGCACCAGGUCUUUGACAGACAAUGGAUCCUAUUGGCCAAGUGAAGAUCUCCAACCGCUUGAUCGACUUCCAACCAUCUCUGAGGAACAAGGUGAGCCCUCUAGGAGGAUGGGAGGUCGUGAGCACAACCUCAGCUUGGGUGGCUCCUUAAAAAGUAAUUAUGGCAAGGCAAGUUUUGCAGUAAACAGUUACCGGGAGGAUGAAGAACAGACAGCAUCUUCAGGCAACGAUGAUGAGGUGAUUAAACAGUUUGAGAUCUCUGUGUCAUGCUCACAAAGUUUUCGAUCAGAAGUAUCUGAAAAAGCAACAGCAGCAGGAGCGGAGCGUAGACCCAAAUUCAGCCGUUUGCUCUCCAGCCAUGAGGAGUACUGUGCAGAGGUAUCUGAAUCCAAAGAUCUGGAUGGACUAAGCCAACUGAGUUACCAAGACAACCUAUCCUAUCACGAAGAUGACCAUGAAUCUGUUGAUUCAAGAACAACAACUGAGAGUAGGGGCACUGGGCGGCGUAAAGGGCCUAGGAUGGAGUCCAGCAUUGCCGACGGCAUUAGCCGGCAAGCCACGGAAGGACGUUUGGAGAUGGAGACAACUGUUACCCACCAGAGAUUUGAAGUAAAUGAUGCUACGGACAGCUCAUCGGCUUGGAGCCCUGAGGAACAUGAUGAGGUGAACAGUGCACCAGCUCAGCACAGUGCUCAUGAGCCCAUCUGUAAGUGUGGUGAUCUAGAUGUCAUCUUCAACUAUGAGGCCUCAAGUCAAAAGCUAGUAGUUACUGUUUUGGAGGCCAGGGAUAUCCCAGACAAAGACCGCAGUGGUGUGAACACCUGGCAAGUGCACACAGUCCUGAUGCCUAGCAAGAAACAGAGGGGUAAGACAAGUGUUCAGAGAGGACCCAUCCCCGUGUUCAAGGAUAAAAUUACCUUCAGUAAGCUGGAGCCAGAGGAGUUAAGCAGCCACGCCGUUCGCUUCCGCCUCUAUGCGGUGCACAAGAUGACUGGGCAGAAGAUGAUGGGAGAGCAGUUGUUCUACCUGAGCAACAUCAGCCAGGCAGGGGAAGUGAAGGUGACAUUGGUCUUGGAGCCACGGAGUAACUUGAGGAGUGCAGACUCUCAGCUUAGUCUGUCAGCAAUCUCUCACAGUGACAGCGCAUCUUCAACACAGUCCCUGUCGCAUGGAGGGGUGCCAGAGCUGCUCGUGGGAUUGUCGUACAAUGCCACUACGGGGCGGCUGUCAGUGGAGAUGAUCAAAGGCAGUCAUUUCCGAAACCUUGCAAUUAAUAGGCCACCUG